UUUGACAGGGUAAUUGGCUUGGUUACAGGUCUGUUAUUCUUUCUUUUUAAAAAUUUCACUGCUGUCCCCUUUGAAACCUAAUGGACAUCACAAUGCAUGAUAUGAAAAAAUGCCGUGUUGUGAUGCACAAACUGCCUGAUGAUGCAGUCAAGAGGGGCUGGUGGUCUGGACUGAACCUUCCUCAAGUACCUGUUGCUGUGUGCAAAGUUGAGUCUGAUGCCACAGACGCCAGUGGCUCAUCUAUGCUACCAGAUAUGGUUGCAGCUAACAUCAAGCUUGAGCCUGUGGAUAAAGAGGAGGCUUUAUCUGUGAAGGAUGAACCUGUUGAUGUUGAUGAAUAUCAGCAAACUCCACCUUCCUCAUCUUGUGUGCCAUGCAAGGAGGAAGCUCAAGUUGAGGCUCGGGACGCCCACCGAUGUUCCUCACAGGACGCUGCGGCUGUGCCUGAGGAACAGUGUGGCAAAUCGGACCAGCCUGUUGCCAUCACCAAUGAAGGGCCUGUCAACGUAUCAGCACCAAAUAUGGAUUCUGCGUCAAGUUUUCCUAAUUCAGAGAUUAUGCACAAAGUAAAUGCUGCAACAGCGCACGAAGAAUGCACGUCUCAGAAUACGUUCAAGUCUGUGAAUAUUGCUGAACCUAUGAAACAGGAAGCUUUUGAAGUGCAUCCCUGUUCCCCGACUAAUUUCGAAUUUCAAGCCACAGAGCUAAUUGUCAUCACCCUGAGCAGAGGCACAUCAAAUCGUUUUUCUGAUACAGAAAUUUCUUAUUCUGACCAAAUGGAAAUCUGUUCCAUCGAACCUCGUACUACUCUGCAUGCAGAAAAUACUGACAGAGAGAGCAUUGAUGAAGAAGAUGUGAAGACCAGCAUAAAGAUAGAGUCUGGUAUUACUUUAGCACAUUAUGAUCCCAAUCAAUUAGCAAUUGCUGAAAAUUCGGUUAUUACCGUUGAUGAGCAAAGUGUAAAAGCAGCACCCAAAAAACCAAAGCAGCACAAGCGCCCUAAGAGGCCGUGUCCUUUUUGCCAGAAAAAAGUUCAUCAAUUACCGCGGCAUUUGAAGAUGGUCCAUCGAGAUGAGCCGGAAAUUCAGCAUCUCAAUGUUUAUUCUCAUGAGAAGAAGAUCCGUUAUUUAACUCAGUUACGUAAGCGAGGGAUAUUUCAGCAUAAUAAAAAAAUGGCUUCACUUGGGAGCACUGAUUUUAUCUGCGAACAAUCUUCUUCUGGAGCAAGUCGGCCUCAGCUCUGUAUUUCUUGUAAAGGGUUCUAUAACCGAAAAUCUAUUGCAAGACAUAAGUGCACCAGCGUGGUUGUCAAGCCUAAAAAAUCAAUUAUUCUCCCUGGAAUGGAUGGUGAGCUUGCACAAGCGUUUUUGAAGAGUGUUGUAACUUUAAUUCGAGACGAUGAAAUAGGUAUGAUUGCAAAAAACGACCAUUUAAUUCUGUCUUUAGGACUUGAGUAUUACAAAGAGCGUUAUACGCAAGAAAAAGAACUGGAGUCCUGCUUGAAGAUUCGUUCAUACAUUCGAAAUUUGGCAAAAAUAGUAAUGGAAACGAAACGCCUUUCUGAGUGUAAAGGUGAAGUUCUGGAAACAAAAGAUGUUUUUAAGAAUACUAAUAUUGAUAUCCUAGAAUCUGCAAUUCACAAUUUAGUGACUGAAGAUGGUAACGUGAAGCACGGAAUGAAAGUCAUCCUUGGUUACGACUUGAACCGUGCCAUUCAGGAUCUUUUGGGGCUUUGCCACAUGACUGAUGACGAUGAAAUGUUUACACAGCUUCAGAAAUUCCAAAAUUGCUUCAAACUGAGAUGGAGAACGGUUUUUCUGAACUCUGAGCGAGAGUGCAAGAGAAGACGUUUUGAAACUUUCCGACGGCAACAAAAUACUGACCGAGAGAGCAUUGAUGAAAAGGAUAUGAAGACCAGCAUAAAGAUACAGUCUGGUAUUACUGUAGCACAUUCGGAUCCCAAUAAAUUAGCAAUUGCUGAAAAUUCGGUUAUUCCUUUGGAUGAGCACUGUUUAAAAGCAGAACCCAAAAAACCAAAGCAGCACAAGCGCCCUAAGAGGCCGUGUCCUUUUUGCCAGAAGAAAGUUCAUCAAUUGCCGCGGCAUUUGAAGAUAGUGCAUAGAAAUGAGCCGGAAAUUCAGCAUCUCAAUGUUUAUUCUCCUGAGAAGAAGAUCCGUUAUUUAACUCAGUUACGUAAGCGAGGGAUAUUUCAGCAUAAUAAAAAAAUAGCUACAGCUGGGCGCACUGACUUUAUCUGCGAACAAUCUUCUUCUGGAACAAGUCGGCCUCAGUUCUGUACUUCUUGUAAAGGGUUCUAUAACCGAAAAUCUAUUGCAAGACACAAGUGCACCAGCAUAGUUGGCAAGCCUAAAAAAUCAAUUAUUCUCCCUGGAAUGGAUGGUGAGCUUGCACAAGAGUUUUUAAAGAGUGUUGUAACUGCGAUUCGAGACGAUGAAAUAGGUUUGAUUGUAAAAAACGACCAAACAAUUCUGUCUUUAGGACUUGAGUAUUACAAAGAGCGUUAUACGCAAGAAAAAGAAAUUGAAUCCUGCUUGAAGAUUCGUUCAUACAUGCGAAAUUUGGCAAAAAUAGUAAUGGAAACGAAACGCCUUUCUGAGUGUAAAGGUGAAGUCCUGGAAACAAAAGAUGUUUUUAAGAAAACUAAUCUUUGUGUCCUAGAAUCUGCAAUCCACAAUUUAGUGACUGAAGAUGGUAACGUGAAGCACGGAAUGAAAGUCAUCCUUGGUUACGACUUGAACCGUGCCAUCCAGGAUCUUUUGGGGCUUUACUGCAUGGCUGAUGACGAUGAAAUGUUUACUCAGCUUCAGAAAUUCCAAAAUUGCUUCAAACUGAGAUGGAGAACGGUUUUUCUGAACUCUGAGCGAGAGUGCAAGAGAAGACGUUUUAAAACUCUCCGACGGCCAGAAAACCAGAUCAGCAAGGAAACGCUACAGAAACUUCGUAAUUUUGCUAUCCAAAAAAUAAGAACUUAUCAGCAAAGUGGCUUUCCAUUUUAUAAGUUUGUCGAUAUAAGAAAUGCUGUAUUCACCAGUCUUGUUUUGUACAACGCGGGACGUUCAAACGAAAUUAGUCGAAUGAAAGUUUCACACGUAAAAGACGCUUUGAGUGGCAAAUGGCUGCCGCAAGGAUGCGCAACUGACAAGCAUUUUGUUUGUUAUGUUCCGGGGAAACACACUACUAAGCCGGUCAGCCUUUUAUUGCCCGUUCAAUUGAAAGAGGCGCUUGUAUUCCUCACAAGUGAAAUCCCCCGGAACGUGGCAGGCAUCGCUGAAGAGAACCUUUUCUGUUUUCCGUCAUUACACAACUCUUUAGCACACGUGCAAGGAACUAAUAUACUUGCUAGAUACUCCAAUGAAGCAGGCACUAAGAUCACCGGAACGCAAAUACGACACUGCCUUGCGAAUGUUUUCGCCAGCGAAGAAACCAACAGCGACAAAUCUUUGUGGCGGAGACACAUGGGUCGCUCUGAGACCAUCAACAAAAUGGACUAUAAAUGCCCACGUGAUGGGGACACCGCUAAACAUGUCAGCGGCUUUCUGCAGAAUGAGGAUCGAGCACUCAGCGGUAACUUUGGUCGCACGGCAGCUGUAUCUCCAAUGUCUCCGAGGUGCACCACUUCUGACGCAUUCAUUGAAACAUUUAUUGAGAACUCGGAUUCUUGCGACGAACCUGCAAGACUGGUAAUUCAAGAGUCGCGUCGUCCGUCACAAGACGCGCGCUGUGCGUCAUCAGAUGCAAGGCAAAAUCAAGAGACACGUCGUAAGAUACAAGAUAACGAAAAACUUGGAGAGAAGCGUAGUACGAUGAGUUUGCAAUUCGAAAACUUGGGGGAGUCCAGCAAGCAUGCAGAUUCUACCUCAGACUGGAAACCAGCUGGGGUCUCUAGUGAUGACGAAUGCUAUCCAGAACCCGUUGUUGGCGUUAUUUCAAAUGGGGUGAAAACGAUACCCGAAUCAUCUUAGUAUUUUGAAAAAUACUUUACGAGAGAUGGAGUUGAGUUUGAGGAUCGCUACCUGUACACGGGACCCAGCAACUCUGGCGGGAGAUGUCACUCCAGCAAGUCUCAAUCCGCGAGGUUCUGCAUUACAAAGCCGUUUCUCAGGAAUUCUAGUAGCAUAAAUGUUAAGACUGUUUAAUGGUUAUAAUAAUUGUGCGCGAGUUAAGAAGCUAUUUGCUAUAGUGUUUGCCUUCUUCAUUAUUAUUGAAAGGUGCUUGUAGUUUUGUUAGGUGUAUUAUAGAUUCCCUGAUUGAAAUUCUUCGAGUCCUAUAUUUUACUUAAAAAAGGUUUUACUGCUCUUAAGUCUAUUUUGAUGGAAAUGUCCUAUUUCGAGCAGGUAUUGACGAAAGGAUGUAAUAGGAGCGAGCUUUAAUCGUCAAUCUGAGAAAUAAUGUCUGCGUUGAGACCUUACGAUGAUUGGCAGAUUGCUUACUUAGCUGAUUAAUUAUUUAGCCGAUAAUUUUGUACAACACAGGAAGCGACUCCUCUUAUUAAGAAGCUACUCCGAAUAUUAGAACUUUUGCUUAUGAGGUAGGUACACUAAUAAAUGCUUAAAAUUUAAAGAGGAUUGAGUUAGAAAUUCUUUGUAAGAUUAAAGUUCCCUUUACCACGCUCCCAUGUAUUGUAGUUUUCUUUGGUACGGAAAUGUUCGAAUAGUUUUAAUAAUGCUUGGAUGAGGGUGAAUGUGAUGAGAGAAUGCUUAUUAGUGAAUGUUUAUUAGUUUAGGUGAAUGUUUAUUAGUUUUAGUUUUAUUAGUUUUAGUUGUAUUAGUUUUAGUUUUAAUCUAAUAAACACGUUUUAGUCAAC